AACAGGAAGUUCUAGCUGUGAGGUGAUUUGGGAGGAAUUAGAGAGGAGACAUUGCUGGAACUGGCAGCAGAGGAGAGAUCACAUGACCAUGUCCAUGAAGAUGGAGGAGGUCCGGAGUCACAUGACGGAGAGGAUACUAAACCUCACCCUGGAGAUCAUCUACCUGCUGACCGGAGGGAGUUUUCCUCUUCUGAAGUCUGGUGAUCAUGUGACCAUCACAGCGCCCCCAUGUGACUCCCUAAAACCCGAGAGACCCAACAUGGAGAAGAUUCUAGAAGCCACCAAGAAGAUGGUGGAGCUGCUGACGGGAGAGGUGAGCGGUGCCGGGGAUUCUGGGACAUGAUCCAGGAACAGA